AUGGCGACGCAGCAGUUCGACGGCGGCGUGCCCUUUGCCAUUGCGGCCCCCGCGCAGAAGCUGCAGCUGCUCGAGCUGCCGGCCGACGUCGCGGCGCUGCUCGAUGCUCCCAAUCCCCCGCGGCUCUCAAUCAAAUCCAGCGCCGCCGCCAACGACCGGCCUGCAUAUGCGGUGCUCUGUACGCCCAACAAGACCUUCCACCUGCGCCAGGUCCAGACGUCCAAUUCGCUUUUCGUCACCCAGCCCCAGCAGCUCGAUGCCCAUGGCAACGACAUACCUCUUGCAGCCACAUGCGCCAUAGCGUUGUGCCCCGCGACCCUGGAGCUGCAACCCUCGGAUGCCUCCGCUGUCGCUCUGCUGCACGAGGUGCUGCCCGUGUAUGACAUUGUAGCUGGCGACGUCGAUGCCACGGGCAACGGCGAGAGCAAGGACCACGUCUUUGAGAACCUUCCCUUGUCAGACGCACAGUGUCAAGCAGGCUGGAACGAGCUGAUGGCAUUCGAGCUCGAUCGAGACACAUACAGGCCCUCUGCGAACUCAUUGGCACAGGUGUGGAAAUCCAUCCAUGCAGCAGCACUCGCCGAGGGCGUCAAGCUUGACAGCCAGUUCUUGACUGAAGACAUUGCAACAGCAGUAGCUGACGUUGGGCAUCCAUCAAACUUCACAAAGGCCGUGCUCAGACAUCUCUCCAACGACGAGCAAGACAAUUCUGGGUCAUGGUUGUGCCUCGAUCGAGCAAGAACUGUUGCCUUUGUCGGCAAAACACUGCUCGAAGCCAAGCAGGGACCCAGCGACUUCCUCAUCGCCGACUUUACAGACACAUGGGAGGACAGAUUGCCCGAAGCAUGGCGAAAAGAUGCGACACUCGGUGCCAUCGAAGGGUCGUACGAGUUACCCUCAGACACCACAAUCAGGGUCAAGAGCAAGGAUACCGCAGCCGCAAACGUGCACGACGCAGCUGCAGCAACCAAACCGUCCGCGAGAAAGUGGCACGAGAAAUUUGCAAAGACUCGAAAGAAAUGA